AUGAAGGCCCUCUCGCUCUUGACCCUCCUCCCCCUGGCCGCGGCCGCGCCCACGAACACUCUUGCGGCCCGUGGCCUCACCGUCCCGACCGGCCCCGUGCCCGAGACGGUCCGGGUGGUGGGCGUCUCGCUGCUGGGAUCCGGCUGCCCCGCGGGCACGGCCGACGUCCAGAUCGACGCCACCAAGACCCUGCUCGAGGUCACUUUCUCCGAGUACAUUGUCCAGACGGGACCCGGCACCAAGGCGGCCGACUGGCGCAAGAACUGCAAGCUCACCCUUAACAUGGAGUUUGACGAGGGCUUCUCAUUCUCAACCCUCGCGACCGACAUGAGCGGCUUCGCGCAGAUCCCCGCUGGCUCCAGGGGCCUGUGCACCAACACGUUCGACUUCACGGGCAUCAGUGGGCAGUCAUACUACUCGAUCGCCCUGCCGGGCGAGCGCGAGGGCCCCUUCACGCUCAGCGCCGACCCGGACGUGGUCUCGUGGUCCCCCUGCGGCGUCACCACGGCCAUCCUGAACAUGAACACGCAGUGCAACAUCUCCCCUACCCGCGACCCCGCCCUCAUUGCCAUCACGGUCAACGUCUCGCUCGCUUGGCGCAAGUGCGAGUAA